UUUGUCGCUCUCUUGCUUUUUGCCCCUCGCUUUCUCCCAUUCGCUCGACUUGGCUUUGCGACGCUUUUACUUUUACCUUUCAUAAUCACCGACUUGGCGUACCCCAUUACCGCCGCCGCUCUUCUCUUCUUGUCGCAUCUCGACCCCUAACAACCGACUCUCGUUCACCCUUUUUCCACACUCGUUGGCUCUUGGGCCGCCCGCCUCCGUCACCAUGGAGACCUCUCUCGGUGCGACAAUUAGAUCUUUCUGGCAUACUAUGACCAGUUAUGACAGACACUCCUCAUUCGACUCCCCUUACCGAACCGGUCGCCAUGUCCCUCUGCAGGACGGUCGUGGUGGCAUCAUGACGGGUGUGGCAACAGCCUCUGACUCUCGAAACGACGUCUCAUCUCCGUAUACCGACGAAACAGGCCGAGGCUCCCCACGUCUGGACGCCAACACCUUCGCACCAACGGGUGCCCCAUACUCUCCCGGUCUGAGGUCAAUGAGUGCUCGCAAUGCCAGCCAAGGCGAUGGUUUCGAGGUGCAAAGCCCUGGUGACGUCCCGAUGCAGAACUUUAAUGAUGGCCUUCCACCUGCUCCCCCAGUCGCCCACUCCUGGAGGCGCAUAGAUUCCUGGGCCGAUGACAACUACCCAGAGCUUUUCGAUCAGCUUUGUGAGGGUGCUACCAACAACGAUCUGAACGACCUGGAGCACCAGCUCGACUGCUCCCUUCCUCAGGAUGUCCGCGACUCUCUUAUGAUUCACGACGGCCAAGAGCGAGGAGGACUGCCCACUGGAAUCAUCUUCAGCCAUAUGCUACUUGACUGCGAAGAAAUUGUGCAAGAGUGGGACAACUGGAGGACUGUUAAUCAACAAUUGCUCGAGACCUCGGUCGCUAAGCCCUCUCCCCCUUCCCGGGCUUUCGGCGGCAGCCGUGAGGCCUCUUCCUCCCGGCCCGGCGGUGGUGCUGGUCCCAGCCCUGGCCCUUGGAGACAAGAUCUCAUGUCUCGCCAGGACUGUGUCCCUGCAAACGCUGUCCAAAAAGCAUACGCGCACAGCUCUUGGAUCCCUCUGGUUCGCGACUGGGGUGGCAACAACCUGGCUGUUGACCUGGCACCUGGUCCUGGAGGCCAAUGGGGUCAGAUCAUUCUUUUCGGCCGUGACUACGACACCAAAUACGUUGUGGCUCGUUCUGGGUCUGCCUUCCUCGCUGUUGUCGCGAACGAUCUCCACAGCGGCAAGUGGUACGUAGACGAAGAUACUAGUGAGCUCAAGCUACGAGAGUUCAGGAGAACAGGAGUCGAGCCCCCCUAUUUCAGCAUUUUGAGGUGGAGGAUGGAACAGAAGUACGGACGACGCGCUCCCUCCAAGAGACGAUCCAUGGGCCCCAAGCCCAGCUCUCCUCUGGGCUCGCGUUCCUCUUCCCCCUAUGGAAGCGGUGGUGAGAGCGAGGGCCGAGGUCGAUCUAUGCAGCGUCUGAGCGGUUCAUCUCCUUUGGCCAGCCCUCGACCCGGUGCUGGGCCUGGUUAUGGGAAAGCGACCCCUCUGAGUCGGGUAACAGAAGAGACAGCAAUCCCCGAGCUUGCCGACGCAUACAUCCAGCCUGAGAAGCUCGUAGAGGUUGAAACCCCUCGACACAGCCAAGACAGCAAGACUCCCACUGUCACCAGCAUCCCCCGCGUGGAAUCCGACCUCCUUAAGGUGGAGGAAGAGCCAUCGCCAAAGGCGAAUGGCAAGAAGCCUGAAUUGGUGGAUGAACCAAUGAAGACCAUCGAGAUUUAAGCACGCUCAAGCGAUUAUUUGGCUAUAGAUGAAAGCACGGAAACUAGCAUACAGGGACAACGAUUGCAUGAGACUCAUUAUUUCAAACCUUCCGCAGAGACUCCACGCGAAGCGACUCUCGGACAGGUGUAUACACACAAAGACUUGGCGUUAAGGGCGUCGCGAGGAAUAUGCAAGAUUCCAUGACUCUUUCCCAUGAGAGGCAUUAUUAUUUUUCUUCUUCUUUUUUCCCCCUCUCUUCCAACGGGAUCAGCAUCCCGAAGGGCGAGACAGUGGGAACGGCAUACAGGCUCUAGUAUAUUAUGGACGCUUUAUUCAUCAGUAAGGGACGAUAGGUAGUCGUCGGGGAUAGUUAGGGUUGCAUCUGUUAAGCAGCUCAGUGAACCUCUCAUGGAAGAUAGGAUUGAUGGUAAUCAUUGUAUGAAUAAAAAAUCACGUUUUAAUUA